AUGCUUUUGCCGGCUUUCCUCCUGGCUAUUAUGAAUAUUCCGUUCGCCGAAUCGGCCAAACAAGAAAUUGCGGUCGGACUCGUUUAUCAGGUCAGUCCAAGGUUUGUCAAGUGCAAGUUGAGCAAUAUUGUUGUAGUUGUCCUUGGAAGAGGUGUUUGAGCGCUAGAUCGUCGUAACACAUAUCGAAAUAGAGUACAACGGGCAGCUAAAACGUUGUAAAAUAUAUUUUUGAGAUAUUUUUUAAGAUUUCGAUAGUUUUACAAUUUAAAAUUGAUAAAAAAACUAAAAAUUUCAACCUAAAACAAUAUUUUUUGAAAAUAAUGUAAAAUACAGAAAAAUAGAAAGCUUUAUCAAUAAAAUCCUGUUUUUAAAUAAACUAGAACCUGUAAUCUUUUAACAAAAUCUUACUUUCAGAACUACGCCAGGAGUAAAGUGUACAACAAGGCCUUCAAAGAGACCAUUCGCAAUAUUAACAAUGGUCAGUCGAUGUCUGCUGUCAAACGGCUGGCUGAUAGGUAUACCUUGGUUCCGGUCGAUUGUAUUCUGUCAAAAGGACAGUUUCUACCUUCAGAUGUCCUCAACUGUCUGUGUGACACUUUACUGCACAAUAAAGUGAGUUUUGACGCAUUGCAACUAUUGAUCGGACAAAAAAUUGUCCGAAUAUUAUUUACAAAUUUUGAAAAAAGCUGAAAAAUAAAUUCAUAAAAAAGUAGUUUGCCAAUAUUUAGGUAGCUUUUAUAAUCUUUGUGACAGCAUCAGAAGACUAUGAAGCCACGACGGCAGCUGGCCAGUACUUUCUUCAUUUGGCUGGCCAAACUGGAAUCCCGAUUGUGGCCUGGAAUGCUGAUAACUCUGGUUUUACAUUUCCUAAAGUAAGGUUUCGGCCAGGUUGUUUUAAUUACUUUUAGCCGAUAUCCUUCUUCCGAGUGAUCCAGAUGGCACCACCAAUAGAACAUCAAAUUAGUGCCAUGUUGGCAUUGCUAAAAAGGUACAACUGGUACCGUUUUGGAGUUGUUUGCUCUAAAAUACCAGGGAGUGAUAAGUUCUUGAAGUUGGUUCAAAAUCACAUCAAGCAGAACGUCGAACGGGAUUUUAGGUAACAAUAGUUUAUUAUUGAGUUUACCAUCCAUUUGAGCUUUAGUAGAUCUGUUUAUUACUUUUAAAUAAAUUAAAAUUUACCUGUAAUUAAAGGACCAGUUCGCCCAUUCAAAUAUCAUUGGCAUUCUGUCGCAAAAAGCGUCGAAGAUCAGGCAAUUUCAAUCAAAAUCAUUUUUCUCAAAAAACGUGAGUGGGUCGGUGUCGAAAUGAAUUUUCCAAUUUGGGACCGACCUUCUCAGGUUUUUUGCAAAAAAAAAUGAACGUCGAAUUUUUGCGACAGAAUGCCAAUGAUAUUUGAAUGGGCGAACUGGUCCUUUAAUUACAGGUAAAUUUUAAUUUAUUUAAAAGUAAUAAACAGAUCUACUAAAGCUCAAAUGGAUGGUAAACUGUAAUAAUUAAGUAGUACUAUAACAAUUUGACAGGUUUGAAAUAGUGUACCAACAAGAAAUCGACGAUUCCUUGGGCAAAAGUCACAUCAGACGAGAACUAAUGGCACUACGAAGAUCAGACGCUCGUAUCAUUCUACUCUACAGUACCAUCACUAAAGUAAAACCUCUGUUUCAAGUGGCAGAUGAUCUAGGAUUACUCUCCGAGGACUAUUUGUGGAUUGGUACCCAGUCAGUCAAGGGCAGUAUGUCGUCAGCGAUAAUGCCGGUUCAGCCAGGGAUGCUUACAGUAAACUUUCAUACUGUAUCACACUCCAUGUUUCCUCCGCCUGACGACGUCCUGCCAAUGAUUAUUGGAAUGGCUCCAAAGCUGUUUGCCUUAGGGCUAACGAAGCUGAAUCCUUCGGUUAAUGUCACAUUUCAACCAACUUCAACUUGUGACAAUCUCACUAAAAAAUGGGAACUUGGGGGAGCGUUGUAUCAGUAAGUUGGAGUAAUAAGCAGUACUGUAAAUAUAGUUUAUGAAAUAGUAUGUUAUUAUUGUUUCACUUACAGAAGAAUGAGGACAGGCUUCUUAAAAGGCAACCCGAAUCACCCAAAAGAUGGCCAAGAUUCCUUCUUCUACACGUUUGAUGAAGAUGGCCAACUAAAGGACAGCUACUUGACUAUAUCUAACUUGAGGUAUGGGAAGAACAAACAAGGGAAGGAGAACAUGUUGUAUUGGGAUCAGGUAAUUUUGUAUAUCUUGUCAAAAUCGACCAUUUUUGUUGUCUUUAAUUUUAUUUGUUACUUUAGGUCGGAGAAUUUACGAACGGCGAACUGAAGAUGGCGGACAUUGAAUGGCCUGGCUUCCGGACUAAUCCUCCACCUGGGACUCCAGACAAGUUCCAUCUUACUGUAGUCACUCUACAAGAACCUCCAUUCAUGACAGUUUCUGAAUUAGAUCCAGAAACCAAGAAAUGUCCAGGAAAUCAAGGGAGUGUUUGUGAUUGGGGCACUGAGUAGGUCAAGAAUAUUAUACUGUUAGAAUGACAUCAAGCUAGUAGAUAAUUGUUAUGCCAUAUUACUCUAAAUUAGACUUUAGCGCUUCAUAAAAGAUAAAUUUGAGUUUAGAAACACGACAGUCCUAAAGUGUUGUACUGGGUAUUGUGUAGACCUUCUGAACAAACUGGCGGAAGAUAUCGGCUUCACGUACACACUUUACAAAGUACGUGACGAGAAGUGGGGAUUGAAAGGUGAAGAUGGCUGGAAUGGACUAAUACAAGAUCUGAUCACUCACAAGGCUGAUAUGUGUGUAACGUCGCUCAAGCUGAACAGUGAAAGGGCCAAGGACAUUGACUUUAGUAUGCCGUUCUUAGAGACUGGAAUCGCCAUUAUUGUCAAGAUUAGAAGCGGAGUUUUGUCACCGACGGCCUUCUUGGGUAUGCAGUGUUAACUAGUUCUUUAUCAUCAGCCUGAUAUUAUGUAAUCUUACUAAAACAAUACUCAUUGUAAUUCCAGAACCCUUCGAAUACUCGACCUGGGCCAUGAUCCUGCUCGUGAGCAUCCAAACCGCUGCCUUCUCGAUCUUCUUGUUCGAAUGGGUCAGUCCUCACAGCUUCAACAUGACCAGUCACCCUCCACCUGGCCACAAGUUCUCGUUGUGUCGCUCGUACUGGUUAGUAUGGGCGACGUUGUUCAGUGCAAGUGUGACUACGGAUGUGCCACGAUCUCAUGUUAGUCGAAUGAUGUCAUUGGUCUGGGCCGCUUUUGGUUUAACCUUUAUGGCAGUUUACACCGCCAAUUUGGCGGCGUUCAUGAUCACCAGAGUACAGUACUACAAUCUGGAGGGUAUUGACGAUCAUAGAGUAAGUAGUUCGAGGUAAUGUCACGAUAUUAGAUUCAAGAUGCAGAAUACCAGACUCCCAUGUUCAAGUACGGUACGGUGCACGGAGGUAAUACUCACGAACUGAUGAAGAGGAACUGGAUCAAGAUGAACAACUAUGUGGAGAAACACAAGUUCUUCGUGGAAAACAUAUCACAAGGUGUGGAGGCGGUCAGAGAAGAGUAAGUUCGUGUGAUAUUGUAACAUUUAUCUUGUAUUUAUGUUUUCUUGAAAUACGAUGGUAUGAUCUUACAGUAUACUUUGAUUGCCAUUGUUGUAUUUAAAAACUCAUUGUAAUGUAGAUUAUAACUUUUUUUGCAGAAGACUAGAUGCCUUUAUAUACGAUGCAGUGGUGCUAGAACAUCAAGCUGGCAAAGACCCAAAUUGUGAACUGAAUACUGUAGGGAAAUGGACCAGUAUGACGGGGUAUGGUAUCGGAUUCCCAAAGAACUCUCAAUUAGUCAACAAAGUUAACAAAUUCAUGUUACAGUAUCAGCAAAAGGGUAAGUUCUCUUCAUACAACAAGAUAAUUGUAUCCAAUUUUUAGUUUUUUCUAAUCCUAGUAGUACCUUUUAUCAUAUUUUCUAUUUUUAAAAUAUUUUUUCAUCAUAUUUAUCAAGAUUAUAUAGAACUAGUGACAAAUCGUAAUUGUGAUUUUUUCUCGAUUCUAGGAGAUUUGGAGAGAUUGCAAAACUUCUGGCUGACCGGAAGUUGUGUGAUCGAUACAAAUACUCAAAACACAAGUGCUCCACUGGGGAUGGAGAACUUUACCAGUGCUUUCAUAAUGUUAACCAUGGGAUCGGUAAGACUCACUUCCAAUACAAUUAAUUCAAUCUUAACUCCAAAAUAAUUACAAGCAGCCUCAAGGUAAACAUCAGUUGCAGAUCUGCUCAAUAUUCUGCUUGAUGUUGGAAUACAUUUACACGAAACAAUGGAAAACGUUUCUGAAGCGUCUUGAGAACAAGGGCUGGUUAACGGUAAGGUGUUUAAUAUAUUUUUUUCUCGUUUAUCUUCACAUUACCACCUUGUACACUAUUUCAGCCCAACACAGAGGACAUAUCACUGUCAGAAGCGGCAGUCCGCUUCCUCGAAUGGAAGAAUCGCACCAAAUCACUCAGUUCUUGA